GAAAUGCACCACAAAAAAGAGUAAGUAGGAGUGUUGUAUGAAGUUUUGUCCUUAUCCAAUGAGGUUGAUGAAGUAUUCCUCCCAAUCCUCAUAAACAUAUUAAAAAAAGAGAGAAUUUAAGACUGCCUAAAAUUUCUCUCGUAAGAUCAAAACAAAUUCCUUUUAGAAAUCGAAAGUUAAAAGGUAGAAAACUAAUCUUUGCUUGAGAAAGAAUAAACUCUUAAUGGAAAGAAGAACAUUAAGAUAAUAGCAGAUGUCCUCAAAAAAGUUAGGGAUCAUGACAUUAAUACACAGAAUUAUUCAAUGGAUGAUUAUGAAGAAUUUAAACAGGAUCUAGUCACAAAAAUAUCAUUAGAUAAGAAGAUAAUUGAAUUCCUAAAAUUUUUAGUUCAUCUGACUGCUUUAGAUGAGUUAUAUAUUUGGUGUGGAUCAAAUUCUCUUCAUUUGCUAGUUUAAAUGAAAGUGGAUUUGAGGGAAUAAUGCUUUGAGAAUAUCAGGAUAAGAAAUACCUCUUUAGUUGGUGGAAAUUUUGUAAGAUGCAUAUUCAAUGGAUCAGAAUUUGACAAUGUAGAUAUUUGUGGAAUUAAUUUGAAUUAAGCGUAAAUGCUUAAUUGUAAUUGGAAGAAUAUCAAAAUACAUGAAUUAAAUAAAUUAGAUGGUCAUUGUAAAAGAGUCAAUUAGGUCUGCUUUUCUCCUGAUGGUAAGUAAUUAGCUUCUUGUAGUGAUGAUAAUUCGAUUAUAUUGUGGCAUGCUAAAACAGGAAAAAUAAAGUCUAGAAUCAAGGUAAAGGAAGAAGUAAAAUCAAUAUGCUUCUCACAUAAUACUAGUACAUUAGCUUUUAGCAGUGGAAAUAUUGUAUAUUUAUGGAACCUCAAAACAGGAAAACAAAAAGCAAUAUUAGAUGGUCAUUCAUCAACUGUUAAUUCAAUUUGUUACUCUCCUGAUGGUACUACAUUAGCAUCUGGUAGUGAUGAUAAGUCUAUCCGUUUAUGGGAUGUUAAGACAGGAUAAUAAAAAGCCAAAUUAGAUGGUCAUUGGCAUUAUGUUAAUUCAAUUUGUUACUCUCCUGAUGGGACUACAUUAGCAUCUGGUAGUCGGGAUAACUCCAUCCGAUUAUGGGAUGUUAAGACAGGAUAAUAAAAAGCCAAAUUAGAUGGUCAUUGGCAUUAUGUUAAUUCAAUUUGUUACUCUCCUGAUGGGACUACAUUAGCAUCUGGUAGUCGGGAUAACUCCAUCCGAUUAUGGGAUGUUAAGACAGGAUAAUAAAAAGCCAAAUUAGAUGGUCAUUCAAAUACAGUUAAUUCAAUUUGUUACUCUCCUGAUGGUACUACAUUAGCAUCUGGUAGUGCAGAUAACUCUAUCCGUUUAUGGGAUGUUAAGACAGGAUAAUAAAAAGCCAAAUUAGAUGGUCACUCUAAUACAGUUAAUUCAAUUUGUUACUCUCCUGAUGGUACUACAUUAGCAUCUGGUAGUGCAGAUAACUCUAUCCGUUUAUGGGAUGUUAAGACAGGAUAAUAAAAAGCCAAAUUAGAUGGUCACUCUAAUACAGUUAAUUCAAUUUGUUACUCUCCUGAUGGUACUACAUUAGCAUCUGGUAGUGCAGAUAACUCUAUCCGUUUAUGGGAUGUUAAGACAGGAUAAUAAAAAGCCAAAUUAGAUGGUCACUCUAAUACAGUUAAUUCAAUUUGUUACUCUCCUGAUGGUACUACAUUAGCAUCUGGUAGUGCAGAUAACUCUAUCCGUUUAUGGGAUGUUAAGACAGGAUAAUAAAAAGCCAAAUUAGAUGGUCACUCUAAUACAGUUAAUUCAAUUUGUUACUCUCCUGAUGGUACUACAUUAGCAUCUGGUAGUGCAGAUAACUCUAUCCGUUUAUGGGAUGUUAAGACAGGAUAAUAAAAAGCCAAAUUAGAUGGUCACUCUAAUACAGUUAAUUCAAUUUGUUACUCUCCUGAUGGUACUACAUUAGCAUCUGGUAGUGCAGAUAACUCUAUCCGUUUAUGGGAUGUUAAGACAGGAUAAUAAAAAGCCAAAUUAGAUGGUCACUCUAAUACAGUUAAUUCAAUUUGUUACUCUCCUGAUGGUACUACAUUAGCAUCUGGUAGUGCAGAUAACUCUAUCCGUUUAUGGGAUGUUAAGACAGGAUAAUAAAAAGCCAAAUUAGAUGGGUAUUUUAGAACAGUUAAUUCAAUUUGUUACUCUCCUGAUGGUACUACAUUAGCAUCUGGUAGUGCAGAUAGCUCUAUCCGUUUAUGGGAUGUUAAGACAGGAUAAUAAAAAGCCAAAUUAGAUGGGUAUUUUAGAACAGUUAAUUCAAUUUGUUACUCUCCUGAUGGUACUACAUUAGCAUCUGGUAGUGCAGAUAGCUCUAUCCGUUUAUGGGAUGUUAAGACAGGAUAAUAAAAAGCCAAAUUAGAUGGUCAUUCUGAUUAUGUUAUGUCAAUUUGUUACUCUCCUGAUGAUACUACAUUAGCAUCUGGUGGUGCAGAUAACUCUAUCCGUUUAUGGGAUGUUAAGACAGGAUAAUAAAAAGGCAUAUUAGAUGGUCAUUAUAGAACAGUUUAUUCAAUUUGUUACUCUCCUGAUGGUACUAAAUUAGCAUCUGGUAGUUGGGAUAAGUCUAUCCGUUUAUGGGAUGUUAAGACACAUUCAAGUGCAGUUAAUUCAAUUUGUUACUCUCUUGAUGAUACUACAUUAGCAUCUGGUGGUGCAGAUAACUCUAUCCGUUUAUGGGAUGUUAAGACAGGAUAAUAAAAAGCCAAAUUAGAUGGUCAUUCUAAUAUAGUUAAUUCAAUUUGUUACUCUCCUGAUGGAAAUACAUUAGCUUCUGGUGGUUAUGAUAACUCUAUCCGACUUUGGAAUGUAAAAACAUCAAAGGAAACACUUAAAUCAGAUAGUAGCUAUAAAGAUUUGCUUGCAUAGUUUAACAUGCAACUUCAGAAUAGCUCUUUAUUGCCAAAUGGUAUUUAUUAUUUAUUAUUAUUUUGUUAAUCCUGAUAGUACAAUACUUAGAUUAUGCUAGAAUCCUAUUUUAGAAGCAUCAGAAACACUUAUCCUAUAAGGACAGUUCAUUAAUCAUUAAGGG